GAUUCGUACUGUUUUUCAAUUACAUUUUAAAAUAUUGAAAAUUCAUUUUAGCAUUUACAGAAAGCCAAGAAUGGAUGUCAAAAAUCACUCCACUUGGCAGAGCCAUGGCAGCUUAUCCAUUAGCACCGCGCUUUGCAAAGAUGUUAUUAUUAAGCCAACAAAAUGACCUACGUCAGCUGAGCAUUACUCUGGUGGCUGCCCUAUUAGUACAAGAACUUGUGCUGGAUCAGCCAGCCGAUUCUGUAGCAGGCGAUACUCACAGAAGGUGGCUUGGUCAACGUCUAUCCUGGGCUGGAACGGGACAGUCCCUACUUUUAGGAGACCCCAUGGUACUCCUGCGUGCUGUUGGCGCCGCCGAGUACUCGGGUGAUAUUGAAGCGUUUUGUUCCACGAACGGGAUACGUAGCAAAGCUCUUCGUGAAGUCCGAAAACUGCGGGUCUAGCUGACAAACGAAACGAACUUGAAUUUACCAUCGGGCACUGCAUCGAUUGUGGUUGACCCUCGCAUGGCGCCCCCUACUGAAUUGCAAGCCAAACUUUUGCGUCAGAUUCUGAUGGCUGGACUUCCCGAUCACGUGGCUAAGCGAAUACCUCCAAAUGAAAUCAAGGAAACCGAAGACUGUAGAAAGUACAAAUACGCUUAUCGCUGCCCAGAAAUGGAAGAUCCUGUCUUCUUGAACUCAUCGAGUAUCUUGCGCUAUUCGCACCCUGAAUGGAUCAUUUAUCAGGACAUUUAUGAACAUGCCAACAAAAUCUAUUUGCGUGGUAUUAGGGCCAUCAAACCCGAAUGGCUGCCUAUAUUCAGUCCUACACAGUGCACCUUCUCUGCCCCCUUGGAGCUUUCUGCCCCUGGUUAUGAUUCAGACCAGGGCCGUGUAAUGUGUCACAUGAAUGUUACAUUUGGGAGAAGUGGUUGGCCUCUGCCUGUAAUGGAGCUUGAAUAUCCAGCUGGUAUCGACCGGUUCAAGUUUUUAGCCCAGUUUUUCCUUAAUGGAGAGGUUUGUCGUCCUCUAGCAAAAUACACGGCAGCUCUGCUGUCAACUCCAUCAACAAUGGUCAAGACAUGGGUGAAACUCCAGCCCAAGACACAAGUGUUACUUCAACAACUGACAAUUGGUAAUCUCGAUAGCUUAGAUUCGCUUCUUGCCGCUUGGCAAAAAGAUAAAUUCUAUCUCCUGGGGGCCUAUAAAGCCUGGGUACCUGAAUCACUUCAUGAAGAAAUCAAUACCCUUUGGCCUCCUGUGUAAUUGACUGUAAAAUAUAUGGACCUCUUUAUUG